ACACUUCUUUCCAAUGCGCCCGCGGAACCUUGUUUUAGUCAGUCUCGUAGUUUCCUUCCGGGCUGUGUAGGAGACGGACCCGCGUUUUGUCGUUAAACGGCAGUUGAACGAUUCACGGCAAAAAUGUGAUUUGUCGUGUUUGUCUGCCAGCGGUUACAUCCUAGAUAUGAACCGAUUCGAUUAUUAUUAUUCUUAUUUUUUACAUUCAAACUAAACUUUCGUGGCUGCCGUUAGUUUGGAGCAGCUGUUAUCGUGCUUGGUCGCAUGGUUGGAGAAGGAUCGACCUCAGUCAUGUUAAUAACUCGUGUGUUGGACUUUACCGUAAUGUUAAUAUUUGUGUGUCUACAAAUUGAAUAAAGCCACUACGGUAGCGACGGCCCUCGUGUGUCUCCAUCCCGUCAUCAAAGAUACACAGGAUGCCUAAUGCCAGUGCCAGGCCGAAGCAUGGCAGGAGGCCCCGAAGGCGGCGCAGAGCGGACCCUGACCCCGCCAGGAAUGAGCUGGUCUCCAGUUCCCUGGAAAGCGCCCAGCAGUGCCUGUUCAGUCAAGACUACGGGACUGCGUUUGUUCACUACCUUCUCGUCCUCAAUCUCGCACCUGUGUUUAAGGACGUCGCAAGGGAGUCCUUCAGGUUCACGCUGUUCAAGUGGGCGGAGGAGCUGGACUCCGUGGGCCGCAUUCAGGACCUCUUUGAUUGCUACGAGCAAGCGCUGGAACUUUUCCCCGCUGACGAGGUCAUCCUGAACGGCAUGGGGGAGCACCUGUUCAGAAUGGGAUUUCGAGACGAAGCUGCUGGACAUUUCCACAAAGCCUUGAAGCUGAGACCAGACUAUCCGGAAGCCAGAGAGAACUUCUACCGUGUGGCCAACUGGCUGGUGGAGCGCUGGCAUUUCCUCAUGCUCAACGACCGCGGCAGAAACCGGAAGUACCAGCAAGCCAUUCAGAAGGCUGUUCAAAACGGCUGCAACACUGUACUAGACAUAGGUACUGGCACUGGAAUCCUUGGUAUGUGCGCUAAGAAGGCCGGGGCUGCAGAGGUGUACGCCUGUGAGCUGUCGAAGACGAUGUACGAGCUGGCCUGCGAGGUGCUGGCUGCCAACGGAAUGGACGGCAGCAUCAAGAUCCUCCACAUGAAAUCUCUGGAGAUGGAAGUGCCAAAGGACAUCCCGCACAGGGUUUCACUGGUGGUGACGGAGACGGUGGAUGCUGGACUGUUUGGAGAGGGCAUCAUAGAGAGUCUCAUUCAUGCCUGGCAUCACCUGCUGCUGCCUCCACAGAGGGGCGAGAAUGAAUUCGGGGAACAGUCGGCCACGGGACGCGUCAUCCCUGCUGGAGCCACUGUGUUCGGUAUGGCUGUCGAGUCCCGUGAGAUCCGUCGGCAUCACAGACUCCGUGUGACUGAAGUGGGCGGUCUGUCCUUGGCUGCAGCCGGGGAGCUCCAUAGUCCUGUGAGCUGCAGCUCUGAGCCGGACGACUCCAUGGAGCCGUACACUACAGAAAGACUCAGCAGACUACCGGGCGGGUACAAACCUCUGACAGAGCCUUUCACGGUCCUCAAUAUAGAUUUCAAUAAUGUGCAGGAACUGGAGGGCUUGAGCUCCAGGGAGGUUCAAGAGCUGCUUCUGCCCGUCACUGAGGAAGGGGUCCUGGAUGCUCUGGCUGUGUGGUUUCAGCUGCACCUGGAUGAGGAGAGCAGUCUUUCUACUGGACCGAAGGAGGACACCUGCUGGGAGCAAGCCAUUUACCCUGUCCACAGCCCCGAAGGUUUUGCCCUGAAGCCUCGAGACAAGCUGAUUGUUGAAGUCUCCUGCCGAGACGCCUUCCUCAGACUCUGCUGUGUCGCUGUGCUGAGAGAUGGGCAUAAAAUCCAUUUGGACAAGCGUGCAGACUCGCAGCGCUACGAAAACCCCGUUUCCAACCCGAGCCCAGAGGCAGAGCUGUGCAGUGCGUUAGCGUGUCUUCAGACCGAUCAGAGCGGGACCAAGAGCUCGUGCAUGCUGGAGUGCUCGGAAAUGGCGCUGCUGAACAAUCUGAACUACCACCAGUGUUUUUCCAGUGCGAUAACCAAGCUCAUCUCCCAGCUGAAGCUUAAAAACCAAACUCAAGACCAGGGAUCAGCUCCCCAGCCUGACCCGGCUGCCUCCGCACAGUGCAGCGGUCUGUUCUACGUGCUGGAUGUGUCCGAAGGCUUCUCCCUGCUCUCCCUCAUCGCCGCCUGCCAAGGUCACGUGAAAGCCUACAGCUCUGUGGAAAAAACCAAGCAGCAGGAAGUGCUGAAGAGACUGGCUCACUCCAAAGGUAUCGCAGAACAGUAUCUAGAGUUCUGGCUCAACCGCGUGGAGGACGAGCAGGGGAUGCUGCAGAGGCCGGCCAGGGAGAAGCUGUGGAGUGCCAUCAUCCUGGACUGUGUGGAAACGUGUGGCCUCAUUAGACAGAAGCUGAUGGAGAAAGCCUCUCUGGCCAGGUGUCUGCUGGAGGAAGGAGGGCGUAUAUUCCCGGAGAAGAUCGUGGUGCACGGUAUGCUGGUGGAGUCCGACACUUUGCUGCUGGAAAGCGCUGUCCAGGGUCAGGAGCCAACGCUAGGCUUCAAUAUUGCUCCUUUCAUCAACCAGUUCACAGUGCCUGUCCACGUGUUCCUGGACUUUUCCACUCUGGAGUGCAGACAUCUCAGUCAGUGCGUGGAGCUCUUUGUUCUUGACCUCAUGGAUACCAACGCAAACUACACCAACAGAGAAGUCAAGGUCCAGGCCACGGCCGCAGGGAGAAUAACGGCAGUUCCCUUCUGGUAUCAGAUGUUCCUGGACCAGGAGAUCAGCGUCAGCACCCUCGACCAGAACUCUCACUGGAAACAGGCCGCUGCCGUUCUGCAGCAGCCCCUCCAGGUGCAGGCUGGGGAGUGGGUCUGCCUCUCUGUGAGGGUUCACAAAAGCACCAUCUCCAUUUCGGCGCGCGUCACGGAGGCGCCUGCCGCGCUAAUGGAGUAAUGUCUUAACAUUUUAACUAGUAGGCUUUGAUGGUAUGAAGGUAUUUAAGAUUUUCCACACAGUCAAAAAUAAAUCCACUCUCACUGAUGCUGACAGUAUUGAGGUGAUGUACUGUACAGAACGUGCCACCAGAGGGAAGUCUCUACUGGCAUUGGAGUAAAAUGGUGAUUAUCAGACACUCGACUUUAGAGUGAUGUUAAAAAUCAAGGCCAGCCCGACCUCGCCCGCCCAUAAAGGUUUCCAGGCUUUAUGCGGUGACAGAAUAGUAACCUAGUCAUGCAUGUCAUCUGAGCACAGAAGAGAUGAAUUAGUUUACAACAAAAUAACUCUGUAGGAGUAACUGAUUGAUUUUUUUUUUUUUUUUUUUACUUCUCUGUCGAUUGGAACUCGUCCCAUAAAUCACGUCACCAGGCUCAUUUCUACGGGGAACUUCAACGUCCAAUUGUUGAAGUAAUUGGAAGUAAAACAAAAUAAUUUCUGAUUAAUAAUCUGUUAAACAUGAUCAGGUAUAUAUUGAUUGAGGUUAUCUUGGGAACACUUAAUUACUGCAAAAGUAGUUUAUCAGCAGCAUUUGUAUCCACUGCCAGGCUGCCACUAACCCUCCCACGUGCUCUCCGACCAGCCCAUCUAUUUGUGUCUCUAUCUGCUGGAAGUAUGUACGUAACAAUAGCUUCUGUCACCAGUGGCUCACUUAUACAAAUAUACCGUAUACCUCAGUGAAAUGUCGGGAAAGGUCACAUUUUAAGUCACGUUUAGACCACCGUCACAUAGCAUGCGGGAAAAUGUAUCAAAUAGCACACAUUCCCCUUCUGGUAUAACGUAAAGAUUUUCCUCCCGUGUCAUGUUGAUGAAUAUAAGAAAUCUUCAGAUUUCCACAUUUGUCCAGACACAGUGUUAACAUAGCGAGAGGUUUAGUUUUAGCUUGCAUGAUGGAAGACCGACCUAGUGAGUACCAGUGGAAAGCUGAUACAUAACAAUCAAAGACUUUAUACCCAUCAAUAUCAUAUUGUAAGUAUAUACAUAUGGUCGAUGUUGUUUUUGUAAAGAUGUUUGUAUCAAAAAGUAAACCAAGAAAUGUAACAUUUUCUUAAUAAAUACAAUAAUAAAUAA